AUGACCGCCCACAGCACCUGGCCUCGCCACCACCGUGGCCCAAGUCUCGACGCCAUCGUCGCCUCCUCAGCAAAGCAGGGUGGCUACUCGCCCGCCAGCGAGUCGUCGUCACCAGCCAAUCGCAAACCUCGUCGACCGUCGAUAUCCCUCUUCAGACUGUCCUGCCCCAACUUCGACGCUGAUGCCAAGCUAGCCAAGUCUCACAGUCAUGGCAGGUCGCGCUCCGUCUCUGGACGUCUCAUCGAGGACGGCAUCACUCUGCUGCCCUUUCUCGAUCGCCCCGAAGAAGUGAGAAACCUCAUCUUCGAAACGCCUGCUAAUGCAAAGCUCGCCUCACGCCUCGAGCGCUGGGCUGCCAGUCGUGGCCAAGCCGGCCAUGACUUCCUGAAUACACUCACUACCGUAGACCGUAGCCAGAUGGGCGAUGAUCGGUGGGCGACUACGCUUCGCCACGCUUUGGUCAAGGAUGUGCCGGACCUCUGGGCCUCACUCGCCUUAGCCCUCGGAGCUGACGCUCUCACGCCACUGAGCACAGACGGCUCGGUGCAAGACGGCGGCGAUGACGGGAGAAGCAUGGACGAUGGCUCGACUUCUGACCUUUCAACGCCUAGCUCGAGCAGCUUCAACCUGGGCACUACCAAACUAGCUCCACUUACUGCCCUCGCUCCCAUACCUGCGCUACGGCCCUCCGCAGUGGGCCAAUCCCACCGUCAUCAACCCAUGAUCGAUGAUGAGCGAGCGGCUCCUGCCUCACCGACCGAGGGCAACCAAGAGCGAUGGCGCUCCCUCCGCUUUCAUCGACCCAUCAUCUCCACGGCAGCGCAAGACGACAGCGAAGCUCUCACCCCUCAGCGAAGCCAAUACAGCUUUGCUCGCACCUUCGAGGGCCCUACAAUGAUGAACGCUCGCUCCUCUGGCCGACCAAAGGCGUACAGCAUGACGCACUACCUCUCCUCGCGGGAGCUCAACCGCCUCGACGCAGGCAAGGAAGCGGACAUCACACCGUACGAAGAGGCGGCCAAGCUUGAGGCCGAAGGAAGCGAAAAGCCGCCUAGCCUCGGUGUGCUCAAAGACGGGAGGACGAGACAUCCUUCUGCUGGUACUCCUCAGGACGCUUCAGCCGUGGCUGCUAUGCGGGCAUCCCUGGGUUUGAGCCCUACGUGCCCGAGUCCAAGUGGCUUGAAGCCGUGCAGCGCUGCUGGUAGCAGCAAGGCAGGCAGCGACAUUGAGGACGACAGCAAACAAGAGGGAGACGGCGAACAAGCGCCUACGACCUCCUCCGCCAACCGCUCCGCUCUCGCUGAGCAUCCACUGUCGCGAGACCGUGACGACAGGCCAGACGGCGAUAUGGGUAUCGACUUUGGUGAUGAGCAGUGCGAGGAGGAUCUGCGCAAGUUCGUUGAGCCUGAGAAGCACCAGCACACGCCAACAGCAAGAGGUGCGGCAUCUUCCACCUCGCCCAGCAUGCGUAGCCCCUUAUCACCUCCGUGGUCGCCCAGCCAGAAGCACCAGCAACUGGCCUCCUCGUCCCCGCAAUCCCCCCACCUCAUCUUCCCUCUCAGCCCACGCGCCUCUCACUCGCGGGGUCAGGCUCUUUCGUCUCUACUCGACACGGCGGCCGCUGAUCUGGACGAUGUACGCACUCUUCUCGGCCCCACCGCCUGGACUCGCAUGUGUGAGCUCCUCACGGGCCUGACGCGCAGCGAAGCCUCUGACGCCAGGCUACUCGAGCGCCUGGCGAUGGAGUGCUUUGGCCUCGUGGACCUGGACGAGACGGAUGAGCGCAAGAGGAAAGAAGCAGAGGAUCGCCUCUGUGAGGAUCCCAGUGGGUACAAGGAGAGGUGGGCGGCAUUCGAGAAGCUGUUGACGGUACUCAAGGUGCCAAGGGCAUCGAUUGCGGAGGCUGAGAGGAGGUUCGAGUGCCAACGCUACACGAGCGAGCUGUCGUUGCAGUCAGGAGAUGCGCACGAUCGUCGAGGCGCCCGAGCCAAUGCCCACUGUGCGGGAGGGCGACGAGAAGAAAUGCGGUUUGUGCGUGACGUCACGCAGCAGCGCGAAGAAUUGCGCAGACCCUGGAGCGGACUUGCAGAGGAGCGGGCGGGCGUGAACGACCGGACCGAAGAACGAACGCAGCCAGAUGCAGCAUCGCCUGGCUCGACAGAAAGAAUUUGUGCGAGAGGGUGCGAGGAGCAUUAG